AUGAGAGUUCUUCGCUCACAGACUCGACGCGCUGCUGCGGCUGCUGAACCUGUGGUUACGCCGCAGAAGAAGGUCUCACGCAAACCGACUAACAAGACAGCCUCCAAGGAUGCUGUCGAGAUACCAACUCCACCACCUUCAACUCGCAAGGGCAAGGUAACCAAGGCCAAGAAGAAUGCCACAUCCAAGAAGCAGAAAAACGAAGCUGGUGAAGCCUCCCAGGAUGCCGUCGGUUUGACUGAUGAUACUCUGCCAACUCCAUCACCAUCUACCCGCAAGGGUAAGGGCAAGGUAACCAAACCGGCAACUGAGGAUGAACCAUCUCAGGCCGAGAAGGAGACCGAACCGGAGGAGCAGAAAGAGGAAACAGAUCAACCCUUCCAGGCUCCUGUCGACUUGACUGAUGCUACUCUAUCACCAUUGCCAUCAAACCGCAAGCGCAAGCUGCCAGCUGAAGUUGCAUCGUCCAAGGCCAAGAAGGAGACCACUCCUAAGAAGCAGAAAAAGGAAGCAGGUCAAGCCUCCGAAGAUCCUGUUGCUUUGAAUCCAUCGCCAUCAACCUCCAAGCGCAAGCUGCCAACUGAAGAUGAAUCACCAAAGGAGACUCCCAGCAAGAAGCAGAAAAAGGAAAAGGCAGAGAAGCGACUGUGCAAAUUCAGAACCGAACCCCCCAAGUUCUUUGAUCGUGUCCUUAGCCGUUCUCUUGGGCAGACAUUCUACAUCCUAAACCGCACCAGUCACGGUACCGAGGCUUGUCCCGAGGAGGACUUUGAAUUGGUCGGAGCGACUGGCAAUACUUACACGGUCAGUAUCGGAAACCGGCUCUCAUGCAACUGUCCUCACCAUUCCCUGGGAUUCCAGCAGUGCAAGCACAUCAUCUUUAUCAUGAAGAAGGUUCUCAACGCCCCGGAUGAGUUGGUCUACCAGCAAGCCCUCAUCAGCACUGAGCUCAAGUCAAUUUUCGAUUCCGCGCCUUCUUUCUCAGUAGAGCCACAAGAGGAACCCGUGAAGCGCAGACCCAUCGAGGGAGACUGCCCCAUAUGCUACUGCAAGCUUGAAGAGAUGAAGAAGGCUUCCAUCGUUUGGUGUGCUGCAGCUUGCGGUCACAAUUUCCACAUGCAGUGCCUUAAGAUUUGCGCUCGUCCUGGAAAAGUGACAUGCCCAGUGUGUCGCAGCGACUGGAAGGGUAACAAGAAGCUGGUGACCGACAUCCAGAAGGACGAUGAGCAGAUGAUUGAUCGUUUUGUCGACGCUGGGCAUGGUGUCAACGCUAAGUAG